CGGGCGCGGGCGCAGGCUCCAGAGCGUAUAUAAGGGCAGCGUGGCGCACAGCCCCAGCGCGAGUGCCAGAGCCCAGCCGGCGCGGAGCGGGAGCGGUGCAGGCUGAGGUCUCUGAGCGGUUCGCCAUGGCUGGCCCGCAGCAGCAGCCCCCUUACCUGCACCUGGCCGAGCUGACGGCGUCCCAGUUCCUGGAAAUCUGGAAGCACUUUGACGCAGACGGAAAUGGGUAUAUUGAAGGUAAAGAGCUAGAAAACUUCUUCCAAGAGCUGGAGAAGGCAAGAAAAGGCUCUGGCAUGAUGUCAAAAAGUGACAACUUUGGAGAAAAGAUGAAGGAGUUCAUGCAGAAGUAUGAUAAAAACUCGGAUGGGAAAAUCGAGAUGGCAGAGCUGGCGCAGAUCCUGCCAACUGAAGAGAACUUCCUUCUGUGCUUCAGGCAGCACGUGGGCUCCAGCGCCGAGUUUAUGGAGGCUUGGCGGAAGUACGACACAGACAGGAGUGGCUACAUCGAAGCCAAUGAGCUCAAGGGAUUCCUGUCAGACCUGCUGAAGAAGGCAAACCGGCCGUACGACGAGCCCAAGCUCCAGGAAUACACCCAAACCAUACUACGGAUGUUUGACUUGAACGGGGAUGGCAAAUUGGGCCUCUCAGAGAUGUCCCGACUCUUGCCUGUCCAGGAAAACUUCCUGCUUAAAUUUCAGGGCAUGAAGCUGACCUCAGAGGAGUUUAAUGCGAUCUUCACGUUUUACGACAAGGACGGAAGCGGCUACAUUGACGAGCAUGAGCUGGAUGCCCUUUUGAAGGAUCUGUAUGAGAAAAACAAAAAGGAAAUGAAUAUUCAACAGCUCACCAACUACAGAAAGAGCGUCAUGUCCUUGGCAGAGGCAGGGAAGCUGUACCGCAAGGACCUGGAGAUUGUGCUCUGCAGCGAGCCCCCCAUGUAAAGUGGGGAUGGGGGCUGCUUCUCCACCUCCCCCAAACCCUGCUCCUGCUGCCCUGAUGCCUCUACCCAGACCCAGAGACCAUGAGCGCCCCACCCCCACCCCUGCAGCCUGCACACACCUGCCUGCAGAGCAGGAAAGGAGAGAUGGAGGAUGGGCUGCUGGGGGGCCAUCCUGAGCCCCCUGCACCCACCCCUGCCCAGGCAGACUACUCUGCCUCAGUGGAUCACACACACGGAAGGUGAUGGACAUGGGUGGAGGAUCCCUAAUUCUCUUCGCUGUGAUGCAUGAGCUCCCUCGCUGUGUGAUUUAGGCUUCUAUGUCCAACAGAGUGGACUCUUCCCUCUCGCUCCCCUCUGCCAGUCCCCCAUGCCACCACCCACCCCAAACUUCCAGGUUCCAUCCGCCACCUUGCUAAUGGUGUAGCUGUCCUCUCAGAACGCCUGUGUGUGGAGGGCACCCGCCCUUUCCUUGCCUUUUUACUUGGCGUGCUCCUUUUCUCUUUGGGUUUCUUGUUUACCAAAGAAGAGUUUACAGACAAUAAAAUGGAAAGGUUCUGCUGUGGAAGCUUACCCA